AUGCCGUCGCUACCGGGCAGCAGCAAGUCCACGCCGCCCAAGAAGCCAACCAUGAACAGGCUCAAGUCGUGGUCCGCCGGUCUCGGCGCCAAGCUCUCUGGCGGCAGCUCAGACAAGCAGGAGGAUCUCGCCUCGGAGGUCGAGCAGCGUCGCAAGGGCAUCGACAGCCUCUACACCUCGACUGAAGCGUAUUGGUCCUACUUGGGCAAGAAGAAGCCCGUCCCCUUCGACACCUCGUCCUUGCCCAUCGACGAGACCGCAUCCUCGACGAGCGGGACAGUGUCCUCGAAGCCAGAGCGCAAGAUGUUGCCGGUCGAAGCCUUGGGUCUGGCGAUGAGCUCGUAUGCUACUGCUUUUCCUGACGGCUCGGCGUACGGCUCGUGUCUUGGCCUGCUCGGCGAGGCACACAUCAAGCUGGGCUACCUCCAGUCGGCCUUCACAAAGGACACCUCGCACAUCUUCCUCGCCCGCAUCGCGCGUUCCAAAGCAGCGCUCGACUCUCUCACCGCUGCCCUCAAGAAACUCGACAGCGCCACCGCCCGUCUCGAGUCAGCUCAAUCGAAAGUGCAGAAGAGCAAGAAGGAGAAGCGCGAGCUCGAGGAGGAGCUGCGUCUCGCUAAAGCUGCCUACGACGAUGCGGUCACCGACGUGGAGGUGCGCAGCGACGCCAUUCGGGACUCCGAGUACGACGACUGGCAGUGCUUGACGACGUACAUGCAGGCGCAGCUCGACUAUAUGGGCCAGGCGCAGGCGGUGCUCGAGCAGGUCAAGUCGAUGUGGGGCGAGCCACCGGCGGCCGCGGGGACUCGUUCCGGGGCGAGCACCCCGCUGACCCGGCCAAGGUCGAUGUCUACGCCCAAGAUCAGACCCGCCAUCUCGCGCCGCUCGUCUGCAAAGGAUGGCGCCGAUGUUGCGACCACUUCGAGUCGAUUCGGAUCGCGGUCAUCGCUGAGCCUGACGAACAGCAACGAGCCGACAUCCUCGUCGAAUGAUGAGACCAAGCGAGAGACGGAGAAGCAAGAUAAGGAGAAGAAAUCGUUCCUUCGCAUGCCCUCGUUCGCGGGCGCUAGCGAUACCGUCUCGUCCGUCACAUCAGGAAUCGGCUCUUCCAUCGGUCGUGCCCGCUCGUCGAGUCUCUUCGGCGCCGGAUCCGGCCAGCCAUCCCCUGAAAAGGACCGCGAGCCAAGCAAAUGGAGCUUCAUGCCGCGAACCAACAAGAAGGAAGCCGGCUUCGUCUCGAUGGACGAAGCGGAGAGGCCGCAGUUCUCCUCCGAACAACCGCCCGCUCUACCAGCUCGGGACUACGUGCGACCUUCAGUGUCCGCGCACGACGUCAACUUGGGUGCAGCCGACCACGCCAACGGCGAUCACGGCGAGCUCCGAGUGACGCGCUACUCAUCCGACUCCCGCUCGUCCGACGAAGACGGGCAAUUUGAACCGUCACCCUUCAGCCCAGGCGCAAACGACGGCGCCUUCCUUGGCGUGCAUCGCGCGCACGAAACCAUCCAUGAGAGGGGCGAGUCCGGACUGUCCGCUGACUACAUCGACUCGUCCAUGCCUCUCGCGCUGAACCACACUGGGUUGAGUGCGUAUAGCGACGGCGCCAAUCCGUUUGGCAACGGCGGUGCCAUGUCGCCCCAGGCAACGGGCGGACAAUACGAUGCAAAUACGGACGACGAAGACGAGAUGGAGAGACAGGGUCUUACGGGCAGGGUGGAGGACAGGGAGGAAGGUGGGUGGAGGAGUAUGUUGAGUACUAGCAUUACGAAGGAAGGCGAUGGUAGGGGGUCGGUGAGGGGUAGAUUGCCGCCGCCUGUUCCGAGCAGUGCAGGGUUCUUAUCAAAGAGCAAGGCCAGACUGGCACCGCCUCCUCCGCCGCUGCCGACGAGAAACAGUUCGUGA